AUGUUUUUGAUGUGUGAGUAAAAGAAGUAAUUGGAUGUUUGGGACUUAAAAGGCUUCACGCGGAGCCCGUGCUGAGUAACCGAUCGAUUUAAAAGCCAUUAUGCUCUUGCGUCGCUAUCUUUCCUUCUCCUCUGGCCAUGGUCCCUCCCAGCUUCUGCUAUCUCUAUCCGUAGCAACCACAAGCCAAAAACUCCGAUACUAAUUGCACUCUGCAAAAGGACGCCAUCUCCGACCCCACCUGCACAAAAAACUAAAAACUAAAUUUAAAAGAUUCCACUCCCACCUCUUUUUCGUUUUUUCCCUUACACCCUUCACAGCUACGCACUGCUUCCAGAUUGCUACUUUUAAAUUUGAACAUAUAACACCAAUCCCACGUAAAAUCAGAAUCCACACUUUUGGUUGCUGCAUUCUCGAAUAAACAUAUCACCGUCUCUUGCUUUUCUUUUCUUCUUCCCACUCAAAAUUAGGGCAACCAUGUCGCCGGUCAGGACAAUGACGCUGAUCGCCGACGUCCUCUCCGACGAGGAAGAGGAGUACUCCUUCGCCGUUGCGUACAGCGGACCAGACCCGGCGUACGAUCUUCCCCGGGCAGUGCCGAUCACCGUUGACAAGAUUCCAGUGGCGACGGCAGUCGAGGUAUCGCAGGCUUCUUUCUCUGACGAGCUUUCGUUGCCGGUGGUGCAACCGCUCUCGGCGCCGGAGCUUCAAUUCUCGAAGGAGCUGAAAACACUGAACUCUGAGCCCACUGUGUCCCCGACGUCGGUGAUCGCCUUCGACCGGAGCAACGAUGGAGGCUCUGGCAGAACCACUGUGUCUCCGACGUCCGUGAUCGCUUUCGGAGACGCCGCCGCGGAAGCCAAUGACGCGUGCGAGUUGAGUAGCGAAAACUCGUUUUCGGACAAUUUAGGAACAGUAAGAGACUCGAGCGCGUUGUUGUUGAGGCAUUCGACUUGCGAGAAAGACAGCUUGGAUUUCAACGAUUCGAGCCAGCAAGAUUACGCUUCCACGUUGAGUUCCGAUUAUCCAUCGUCUCACAUUUCUCCUUCGAAAACUAACGAUCCCGAACCUGAUAGUGACGGUAAACGAGGAGCUGUGGUUAGUAUCGAGGAGGAUGAAUACGUAGCGAGAGAGAGGGUUAAGAGAGAGAGUGCGAGGAAGGGGAGGAAAGGUUCGUGCUAUCGUUGCUUGAAAGGGAAUAGGUUAUCGGAGAAAGAAGUGUGUCUCGUUUGUGAUGCUAAGUAUUGUGGGAAUUGUGUGUUGAGAGCGAUGGGUUCUAUGCCAGAAGGUCGCAAAUGUGUUGGUUGCAUUGGGUUUCCUAUUGAUGAAUCUAAGAGGGGUAGUUUGGGGAAGUGUUCGCGGAUUUUGAAGAGAUUACUUAAUCAUUUGGAGAUUAGACAAAUUAUGAAGGCAGAGAGGUUUUGUGAAGUGAACCAGCUUCCACCUGAGUAUAUUUGUGUGAAUGGGAACGCUCUUUCUUUUGAGGAACUUGUCACGUUGCAGAGUUGUGCUGACCCUCCGAAGAACUUGAAGCCCGGGAACUAUUGGUAUGAUAAGGUGUCCGGUUUUUGGGGGAAGGAAGGACAAAAGCCUUGUAGAAUUAUUAGUCCGCAUCUGAACGUUGGGGGUCCCAUCAAACCGGAUGCUAGCAAUGGAAACACGCAGGUUUUCAUUAAUGGAAGGGAAAUAACAAAAGUUGAGCUUCGAAUGUUGCAGUUGGCAGGAGUUCAGUGUGCUGGUAACCCACAUUUUUGGGUCAACGAGGAUGGUUCAUACCAAGAAGAAGGACAGAAAAAUACAAAAGGGUGCAUUUGGGGAAAGGCUGGAACGAAGCUUGUAUGUGCUUUACUGUCGCUACCAGUUCCUUCUAAUUCUAAAUGUUCAAAUUCAUGUGGGUUUCUAUCCUCCAAUCUGGUUACCAGACCAGUUCCUGAUCACUUUGACCAUGGAGUAGUUCAUAAGCUCCUCUUACUUGGUUACACUGGGUCGGGAACAAGCACUAUUUUCAAGCAGGCCAAGAUUCUUUACAAAAACACUCCCUUCUCAGAAGAUGAACGUGAAAGUAUAAAGUUGACCAUUCAGACCAAUGUCUACGCCUAUCUUGGCAUACUCCUUGAGGGUCGUGAGCGUUUUGAAGAAGAAAGCCUGGCGAAUUUAAAGAAAAAUCAAUCUUUUGCGCUUGACACUACAGGAACCGGUCCAAAACUUGGCGAGAAGACAAUUUAUUCCAUUGGCACAAGAUUGAAAGCAUUUUCUGAUUGGCUUCUGAAAACUAUGGUUGCGGGCAAGCUUGAUGCUAUCUUUCCCGCUGCUACUCGUGAGUAUGCUCCACUGAUUGAGGAGUUAUGGAAUGAUGCAGCCAUUAAGGCCACCUAUGAAAGAAGAAAUGAAAUAGAAUUGCUACCCAGUGUUGCCAGUUAUUUCUUAGAGAGGGCUAUUGAGGUAUUGAGGACUGAUUAUGAACCCUCGGACUUAGAUAUUCUCUAUGCUGAAGGAGUUACUUCAUCCAAUGGGAUGGCUUCUGUAGAGUUUUCAUUUCCUCAAUUAGCUGCUGAAGAUAUUGUCGACACUGCUGAUCUACAUGAUUCUUUAGUUAGGUAUCAACUAAUAACAAUACAUGCAAGAGGGCUAGCAGAAAAUUGCAAGUGGCUAGAAAUGUUUGAGGACGUUGGGUUGGUGGUUUUCUGUGUUUCCCUGAGCGACUACGAUCAAUUUUCUGUUGAUGGAAAUGGUUGUUACACAAACAAGAUGAUAUUGAGCAGGAAGCUUUUCGAAGCCAUAGUUACUCAUCCUACUUUCGAACAAAUGGACUUCCUGUUGAUACUAAACAAAUUAGAUGAGUUUGAGGAGAAAAUUGAACGAAUCCCACUUAGCAGGUGUGAGUGGUUAUCUGAUUUUCGCCCAGUAAUUAGUCGACAUCGCUCUGGCAUCAACAGCAGCAGUAUUAACAAUAGCCCCUCCCUUUCUCUGCUUGCUUCCUAUUACAUAGCCGUUAAGUUUAAGAGGCUCUAUUCAUCUCUUACGGGGCGAAACAUGUAUGUCUCCUUGGUGAAGGGGCUGGAACCUGAUAGUGUUGAUGCAGCACUUAAAUAUGCAAAGGAGAUUUUGAAGUGGAACGAAGAGAGACCAAACUUUAGCUUAAGUGAUAACUCAAUGUACAGCAUUGAGGCGAGUUCAUUCUCUCAUUAACUGCUAGUUCAGACAACAGUGUUGGUUAAGUCAUAUCAUCUAUGACUUUGAUCCUGUGCCAUGUACAUAUAUUGCUAACUAGGAGCUGUACACGGAAACACAUUCCUUCCACUAUGCACUGCAGUCGUAUGCUUCACGCUGUUUGUGUAUGUUGUGUCUUAGCACGUGCUACACGGAUGAAUGUGUAAUGUUCAAAUUCAUUUUUUCAUAUGGUAAAGCAAGUAUUGAUGCUCCUAUU